CCUGACCCUCCCGGCACCUGUGGGCCGCGCUGCCCGCGGGCGCCGGCGUACGCACAGUGCGACCCGCGCCAGGGCACCAUGCCGCGCUCCUUCCUGGUGAAGACGCACUCCAGCCACAGGGUCCCCAACUACGGGCAGCUGGAGAGGCAGAGAGAAACCAAUGGCGCCUGUUCCGCCUGCGGGGGGCUGGUGGUGCCCCUUGUCCUCCCAGACAAGGCGGCCCCGUCCACGCCUGGCGACCCUCCCCGGCCCUGGGACUUCACCUCCGUCGUCGCCCACGUCUCCCUGCCCCUCCCCACCUUCCUGUGUAACGAGGAAGCUCGGGGGGCCUCGGGGCCAGACCCCCUGGAAGUCAGCCUGGCAGACCCUCGGGCUGGCCGGGCCCCCGGCGCACCUCUCAGAGACAGCCUGAACCACCUCAACCUGCCCCCGCUGCUGGCUCUGCCCACACGCUGGCCCCCGAUCCUGGGCGCAGAUGGGGCCCAGGCUCCGGGGCACCUGCCAGGGGCCGAGCGGGCCCCCCGCGCCCCAGGGGGCUUCCGCACGCCGGCCGCACUGGCCAGGCACCAGCAGCUGCACUGCCACCUGCAGGCUCAACGCUGCUUCACCUGCAAGUUCUGUGACAAGGAGUAUGGCAGCCUGGGCGCCCUCAAGAUGCACAUCCGCACACACACGCUGCCCUGCCUCUGCACCAUGUGCGGCAAGGCCUUCUCCAGGCCCUGGCUGCUCCAGGGCCACAUCCGGACCCACACAGGUGAGAAGCCCUACACCUGCCCUCACUGCAGCAGGGCCUUCGCCGACCGCUCCAACCUGCGGGCCCACCUGCAGACGCACUCGGACACCAAGAAGUACCAGUGCAAGCGCUGCGCCAAGACCUUCUCCCGCGUGGCGCUCCUGGCGCGGCACGAGGAGUCCGGCUGCUGCGCCCCCUGAGAGGCGGAGGGGCCGAGGAGCGGGGCGUCCUGGGAGGGCGUCGCCCUUCGCUGCCCCCGUGAGGGACUUCCCUCCGGGGAUGACUCUCGUCCGGCCGAGAGCCUCCUCCAUGCUGUCUCCAGCGAGCCCUGGUUCCGGCCCUGUUCCUCCCAGUGACAGCCGGUCGGGAGCCGGUCGUCAGCACGGAAGACCCCCGCGUUGGGCUGACGGCGGGGCUGCGCUGGAUGCCCUCCACUGGCCGGCAGCUGGACUCGGGCCGAGCACGUCCGUGUGGGCCACCUGCGUGGGCAGAGCUACCUGGCGGCUCCCCUCCGCCCGCCUUUGAUGGCAUCUGGGCCAAGCCGUCUCAUGUCACGCGUGCACAGGCGCACACACGCGGCACGUACACACGCUCCCCUCCUCGCUAGGCCGUCCUGAAGAUGGAGCGGCGAGGGAGGCCCCGCGGCGGGUGGAUCUGGGGCAAUAAAGAGCCCGCACUCCUGCUGCAAUGUC